AACGGCGUUGAAGAGGCACAGUUUAUCGGAGGUCAAAUAAAAAUCAACCACAAUGGUGAGUCCGUCAUAAAUGCGUCAUUCACAAGAAGGGAAAACGGCUCAAUUGUCUAUUGUGAACAUGACGCACGGAAAAUAGCACAAUGGACGAUUUUUGUGUUGUCAUCAAGAUACUAAAACAAUGUCCCGGAAAGAGAAAAAUAAUGCAUUUGAAUAUCAUCCGUACUUUCGUACAAUGUGAACCUAAAUUUAGUUUAAGUGCAGAUUCGUUCAUACGACACAAAGACACCAUUUUGUUUUACGGAUCAUUUCUGCUGAGAGCACUGGAUCCACCGACGGUUGUUGACAAAUACACAGAGAUUGCCGAGAACGCAACGAUUCGUGAGGAAUGUACUAUUAUUCCGGGUAACCCGAGAACAUCUAACAUACGUUGGAGCAAAGGGAAUGUAGUGUUUCCGCAUAAGCAACUUGUAAUAACACAUAUUAGCAGGCAUGAUGCUGGAAAUUACACAUGUGAAGCAACUAACCUAUUUGAUAAAGAUGAACUGGCCUUUGUUGGUAACCACACAGGCACUCUUCGACUGAUAGUCUUGUACCCGACAACAGUCACACGUUUCUUCAUCAAUGGCAUGAUCGAAGAGAAGGAGGUGACACUCGUAGAAACGGGCAAUGUAACUAUUCAUUGUUUUGGCGAUGGUAAUCCAGCGCCGACGCUUACGUUAAUAACCAAUGUUGGAGACAAUCAAAGGAACGAGACGUUAGCGACUGUCAACAGCACUUAUCUUUGUUAUGGCAUUUCUACUCUUGGCAGCCAUCAUUCUGGGAAAUACACCUGUGUAACUUCCAACCGUUUUGGCGAGAAGUCUAGAACUCUACAUUUAAUUAUCAAACAGUUACACGAAAUUGCAAAAAUCAUGCAAGCGUAUUUGGUAACACAAAAUGAAACAUCAGCCAACUUGCGAUGGAUUCUUGCUGACGAUGCGUUGUUCCACGUAGUGGAGAACAAGACGUGCUUUCUGCUUUACAAGACCAGUGAACAGACAGAAUGGAUCAAUGAUAUUGCAGAUAUCAACAGGAAGGUGACGCAGCUGGAUUUCCAGCUGAUGAACCUGCGUCCAGAUACUCAAUAUGAAGCUAAACUGAUUGCAAAUUUAUCGACUGGCAAUUACUCCAUCGCACCGUCAUUAACGUUCAGGACAUUGUCGUUUUCAAAAGCAACGGGACUCGAAGUCGUUGUUGCGUAUAUCGUCGGUUCGGUGGCGGUGCUUAUCGUAUGUAUAGGCGUUAUGCUGCGAAUGUAUACGAAAAGGUCACUUCUGGGUGAGAUACACGGGGAGAUCAAUAACAAACGUAUUAACGUGCCAAUUUCUCCGAGCUCUAUGAAUACGGUGGGCAAUGCAACCGCGCUUAUAUUAUCAGGCGACGAAGACCAUUACGACUGCAUUAGGAUGAGCAGAACAACCUCAUGCAUCAAUCUACAAGACGCUAACAGUGGCCGUUUUGAAUCAUCCCCCUCUCAAGUUAUUGGUGAAACAAAUCCCCGUGAUACAAUUCGUGUGAAGACUGAAACGGCCAAUAAAGUCGCUUAUGAAUUCCUGGAUCGCACUAGAAACCAGGCUGAGGAUCAGUACAACUCUAUGGCAGAGGUUGCUGAAGGUGACAUGGACGAAUACGUCACUGGGUGCUGUCAUAGCAGUAGUUCGGACACCGAUUCGAUAAUAUCCGACAAAUGUUUACAGUGCCUAACAGGUCAGCGAAUUACCGGUUUUGCUUUUUUAGCAUAG